AUGGAUCUAUCAGACGCUAUGGGAGAAGAUAAGGUGACGAAGUCGGAUGGGCACAAGGAUGAAUUCAAUUUUCCUUGGAGCAAAAAGAAGGAUGGUGAUAAAGACAAGGAUAAGAAAUCUGACAGCAAAGACAAGGAUAAGAAAUCUCACAAGUCUGACAAGUCCGAUAAAGAUAAAGAUGGGCACAAGAAGAAGGACAAGGAUAAAAAAGAGCAUAAGAAAAAGAAAGACGGGGGCAAAUCCUCGUCAUCAUCCUCCAGUGACGAGGACUGA